UGCUGCUGCUGGGACUCCGGCUAGGGCCGACAGCUUCCUGCCGCUGAUGCUUCAGUUACGUUGAUAAUGUCAAAUCGCUUGGUUCGCUGUGCUGCUGCCUGCGCUGCCGUUGCUGACACCGCUCACGAGGACUACGACCACGACCAGUGCCAGGAGAAGGUCCAGGACGACUAUUACUACGACAACAACGGUAGAGACACGGGCUUGGGCCACGAGGACGAUGGCGACGACGGCCAACGAGUAAAUAAAUUAAGCGACGAGCAACAGCAAAGUAAAUAAUACGAGCAGCAGAAAACAAAGCAAACCAAAUGAAUUAGCAAUACACAAAAAGUUGGCUAUCUAAAUACGAAAAGCAAACACACAGCACACUUGCAACUGCAACUCCAACUGCCGGCUAAAACGUAAAAUGUAAAACGUAAAAAGUGUCAGAAUUUGUGAAAAUUAAUAUUUCACCAGAGAUUUGAGUGCUUGAGUGCAAACAAACAAAACAAACCGAAAAAUACCGAACAAAAACACAGAACAAACCAAACAGCAAACACAUAACAGAGAACAGAGAACACAGAAGCUGAAGCCGAAGCCGAAACAGGACAAACUUUUCGGUUUACAAAAGUUUUAUUUUACACACUUUUUUCACCCAGUUCCCGUGCUCGCGUAAAAUUAUGAAAAAUAUGUGAAAAAUGUGCAGAAUCCACAAAAUACUCGUACAAGAAGAGCAGCAACAAAGGCGACACAAACAGCAACAACAAGAACAUUAGCUGGGAGCCCGCCCCUGACAUAGGUCAAGCCACUCCGAGCCGGAGAGGCACGAGGCAUUUUUUCUGGUCUGUCCCGGAAUCCCCUGACGUUUCUUUUCCACUCUGUGCGCGCCAGUGCCAGUGCCGGUGUUCGUGACUGUGUGCGGGAGAAGUAGUGCGGGAGUCCCUGUAACGUGCUAAAAUUAGCUAAUUUAUUGCUCAGACUACAACAAUCACAGCAAUCACAACCAACCCAACAACAAGAAACCAACAGAAACAGAAACAACAAACGCUUGGCAGUCAUAACAUUUGCCGUGGCUGCUGGUGCAGGCCCCAAAGCUCCACUCCAGGACGCUGAGUAGCCAGACUGGACGUCACUGAAGGAGGCAGAUAGAAACCAAAUACAAUUGACAUUUAUUGGCCAAUAUAUAUUUAUAAGGCCCGAACGGAAGUGGCCGAAAACCCCGAAAGGAGCGAGAGAAUAGCCACACAGACUGGAGACUGGCUAUAAGAGAGGAGCAAAGAUACGAAAAAUAUAUAUUUCAAUGCUGUCGAAGCUGCAUAAAAACUGUCCAACGACAGGCCAAGGGGCAGCUCCUCCUCCACGCCACAUGCAAAUGUCCGCAAGGAGAGCAGCAGCGAGUGGGAAGCGGACGGCCACGAUGCCGUCGCACCGACAACAAACUGGGCGGGGCUGCAUCUGCUGGCUGGCCGUGAUCGGACUUCUCGUGCUGGUUCCUGAUUUUAUUGCGGCACUCAAGGAUGUCUCCGUAAUGAUACCACAGGCAGUGAAACGUGGCAGUAAUGCCUUGUUCACGUGUAAUUAUGAUAUGGAAAACGAUACUCUAUAUUCGGUGAAAUGGUAUAAGGGUAAGCGUGAGUUUUAUCGCUACACGCCCAAGGAGAAUCCGGCCAUGAAGGUCUUCGCCAUGACAAGUGGUCUCAAUGUUGAGCGCAACCUUUCGAAUCAAAGUCAUGUCGUGCUGCAGUCGGUGCCGUUGAAUAUUUCGGGCAAAUUUACAUGCGAAAUAUCCGUUGAGGCGCCCACAUUCCAAACCGCCAUGGUGUCCGGCGAAAUGGAGGUGGUUGAGCUACCGGAAGAGCACACCGUGGUCACCGGGAUACAGGCGCGCUAUCGCAUUGGCGAUUUGGUCGAUGGCAAUUGCUCAAUUAAAUACUCGAAACCGGCUGCUAAUUUGACAUGGACUAUUAAUGGUAUUGUGGUGCCACCGCAUCACAUCAAGACGUAUCAGAUUGAGAAACAGGAGAAUACCACACUGGAAUCGGUUACAAGUGCCAUACAUUUCAUGGUCACCACUCAGCACUUUCUCAAGGGCCAGAUGAGGCUCAAGUGCACGGCCAAUAUCUUUGACAUCUUCAAGGAGGAAAUGGAGAGCGUUAUUGAGGAGGACAGACCCAGGAUAAUGGCCUCCGGCAGGUCGUACGAUAUCAACAACUAUCCGCUCGAUGAGCAUACGAAUGGCGAGAGAGGCUUCGAGGAUCACAAUGAAUCAUAUUUGACAUACUAUUCGGCGGAUAAUAGUGCAUCAGGCGCAUCGACAGCUGCACAUGAAAUCUUUUGGCACGUCUGGCCAUCGAAGCUCGGGGCAGCACUUCGGAUCAGACUCCACAUCAACAGGCAGCUGGUGGGGGCGUGGCCGUGGGACGCACUCGGUGCCUGGAUUACGCAAGCAGCGGAACCAGGAGCAGCUACAGCUCUUUUGUGUCUGCUAGGGCUGCUGGCCCAUCAAAUUAUCAACUGUCAAUACACAAAGAAAUCGACAGCGACAGCAACAGCGACAGGAACAGCGAUGGGGCAGCAGCAGCAGCAACCGUUGCCAGUCGAAGCGGGGGCUGUGACAAUGUCAAAGGCGGCCAAAUCCGCAGCUAGAGCGAGCGUCAAAUGCUUUUAUAAUUGUCAAAUGGCAAUGGCAAUGGCAACAUACAAUCCCCUUCCCCACAUGAAAAUCCAGGAGGAAAAGGAUGAUGUGAAUGGAACUGGGACUGAGACUGGGACCGUGGAGGGAGACGAUGAUGAUGCGAAUGUUGCAAGUGUGGCAAAUGCCGGCGAUGAUUUAACUGCAACUGCAGCGGGAAUGGCAAAGGCUAAGGGCAAAGAAAGGGGAGCUGCAACAGUGCCAUCUGGAGUUGCCGUUAAGCGACUGUCAGCGACACUUGUGGGCGUGGCACGGCCCUGGCUGGAUCAACGAUUAUUGAUGACUCGACGACGGAAGAUGUGGAAGCCUGUUCUGGGGGACUCCGACUGCCUCUCGUGCUGAUGCCGAAUUGAUGAUGAAAUCCAUUUCCAAAAGUAGCUUAAGGUGUUUGCCCACUUGUGCUACAGUGAAGCCUCUCUCUCCUCUUCUCCCUGUCUUCCUAUCCCCACCCUACCAUCAUUUUCAUGCCCGGCAAAGUGAAAAGUUGGAGGAAAUAAUUAAUAUAUAUGAAUAUUAAUUGGAAUCGCCAGCUGGAUGGCUGGAUGCCUGGGACGCUGUAGUUCGUAGGUGUUAUGCAUAAGGUCAGGGCCGAAGAAGGAGCGAGAAUAAUUAAGUAUAGCCAGAAAGGGAAGACCUUCGAGGAAUCAUUGAAUAAUAACAGGAAAUAUAGUCUUAUACGAGUAUGUAUUAUUGUAAGAUGAUGAAAAGGUAUAUGAAAUAUGCAUAUAACUAGAGGAUAAAAUCGGUAAAAUAGUCUAAACAUCGACCCUGGCACAACCCUACAGUUUGAGAGAAAUGCGUGUGUGAAUUAGUAUUUUGUUGUUGCUGAAAUUCAAUUCAGAAAAAAAAACACUAUGGUAACAGUCCCUUCAAUUAUUGUUAUUAUGUUACUAUUCGUGAAAGGCUGUUGCCAACUUUAAUAUGAUUUGUUUGGAAGUAAUAUGUAGGAUUGCUUACGAAUGAUGACACCCUUUCAUAGAUUUAUAUAUUUUAAAAAUUGCAGUGAUUCAAAUGUACAUAUUCUACUCCGUUUGAGAUUCAGUGUAUUGAGAAUUCAGCUGCACUCUUAUAAGCAAAUACAGCUUGCAAAAAAGCUUUUAAAGCUUGAGUUCCAAAGGGAGACAGAGCAAAAAUAGUCAAACCAACAACAACCAAACAAAAUAAAAACCUUGCUAAUCGAAGCAACAUCAACAACA